CACCGAGAAGGCAUCAGUCUCGCAAUGGCGAUCCAAUCCACAGCGAAGUGGUUACUACUUGGAGCCCUGGUAGUCUUCGCAGAAGCUACUUUUGGAGGCCAUGAACAUGUUCAUAUUCGAGUUCACGUGCCAAAGCUAGUCCACGAAGUCCAUCACGAAAAGCCUGUUGUACAUCAUGUUGAAGAGCACAGCCACAGUGAAUCUCAUGAUGACCAUCACCACGGCGGUUUCGGAGGCGGUGGUGGUGGAGGUGGAUUUGGUGGCGGUCACAGUUUUGGAGGCGGCGGCGGCGGAGGAGGCCACGGAUUCGGAGGCGGUCACUCCUUCGGAGGCUUCGGAGGUGGCGGUGGUGGAGGCCACCAUGGAGGAUACGGAGGAGGAGGAUUUGGCGGUGGAUUCGAUGGAGGACAUGGAGGAGACGAUCACGGUUUCGGAGGAGACGAGGAUCACUUUGGAGGUGGCGGCGGAGGAGGUGGUGGCGGUGGAGACUUCUCAGGCUACGGAGGGGGUGACGACCACGACGAAGAUGGCGGCGGAUACAGUUACGGAGGUGGAGACAGUUAUGGAGGAGGCGGUGACGAUCACGGACACAGUUUCGGAGGAAGUGGAGGAUUCGGCGGUGGCGGAGGACACGGCCACAGCUCCGGUGGAUCUUUCAGUUUUGGUGGCGGUAGCAGCGGUGGUAACGGCGGUCACGGCGGAUACAGUUACGGAGGAAGCAGCGGUGGUGGGGGAGGAGGACACGGAGGAUUCAGCCUCGGAGGCGGUGGAGGUGGACACGGCCACGGCCACGGCCACAGCUCCGGUGGAUCUUCUUUCAGUUUUGGCGGUGGAAGCGGGGGAGGCCACGGCGGGUACAGUUACGGAGGCAGCAGCGGAGGCGGUGGCGGCGGCGGCGGCGGCGGCGGCGGUCACGGUUUCGGCGGUUUCGGAGGCGGUCACAGCUUCUCCAGUAGUGGAAGCGGUGGUUUCGGAGGUGGCCACGGAGGCGGCAGCAGCGGUGGCUACGGAGGCGGCAGCAGCGGUGGCUACGGAGGCGGACAUGGAGGCGGCGGCCUCGGAUCUUACGGAAGCGGCGGCGGAUUCGGAGGUGGUGGCGGAGGCGGCCACGGAUGGGACAAGAAAUAGACAUUUCAUGAGACUGAUAACCACCCUUUCCUAUUCAAUCAACCCCCAUCCCCUUCCAAAGUACCUCUUCUUUCCAAAGUUUAACUUUAACCGGUUGUUAUAUUUGUAUAUAAUAAUUGUUGAAUGUUGUGUAAAUAAAUAUUUU